AUGUUCCUGGAAGCUGAAUUGACCUGGGCACUGGGCGACCUUCCGUUAUGUGCAGCGGCAGGCGCUCCGCGGAGCACGCUGGCCCUCCGUCGCUGUGCGGUACCGCUGACGGUGCUCGAGGCUGGUCGUCGCUUCCGUCGACCUACACGAACAGGUUUCUGGGUGAGGAAAAUUCGAUCGCAGAACCAGAGCGACCCUCAGCAGGAGCAGGAUAGGAUACUGGUGAGUCGCAAGCAGCAGCCUAGCAGGCAACCGCACGUGAACAAGCCUGCUGCCGCCGAUACCACCGGGUCUACCGGAGCGGUAACAGUGCUGCCAGGGUUGCAGGUACCAGGCAGGGCGCUCUACUAUUUCAUAGCGUUUUUAUGGGGUUCAUUUUCGCCCGCUGUGCGUGAGCUGUACACAUUGAAACAUCCACCGCCACCAGCUCUAUUCAAUACUGCCCGUCUGUUGUUGUCGAGUGCAACGUUCUGGCCAGUUUGGCGCACGCAGUGGCUAGUGCUACAACAACGCUUGCGACGGGCAAGGACGAAUAGUACUCCUGUUGAUGAUGAUUAUGGUAAUGCUGAUGGUGCUGAUAUGACAGCGGCCAAUGGCUAUGGUGGUGAAGGAGGACGCCUGGGCGCCCAGCUGUCGCCUCGCGAGCUGGCGAGCACGCUGACGGCGCUUUUCUGGUCGGAUACGUAUCGAUGGUUUCGAGGUGGCCUCGAACUCGGCCUCUAUGUGUUUCUGGGGAAUGUGGCGCAGGUGAUUGGGCUGGAGUACACACCAGCCGCGCGUGCGGCCUUUCUCGUGCAACUCCAAACUGUAUUUAUUCCAUUGUUAUCAGAUUUUUUCGCUAGGAUUGGGUUUCUGGAACCAGGAUCUUCGCAACUCAACAGCCAGACGUUGAUCACUUCAGGUAUGGCCUUUUUGGGCGUGUUCUUGCUUUCGCAAGAUAAGACGUCCACUGUGCCGUCGAACUGGCUCGGUGAUUCCCUGGAGGUUCUUGCUGCGUUCACUUUUUCCGUCUAUGUAUUACGAUUAGACCGAUACGCUCGUGCGAUUACCGAUACAACACCGUUGGCGGCCACUAAGAUCCUUGUACAGACAGUUUGCAGUCUUGGAUGGGCUGUUUUCAGUAGUCAAUCUAACGGGCACGUGCAUGCCGGUGCUGAACUGCCGCCACUCAGCUGGUAUGACGCCUUGGUGACCGUAGGGGUCGUUGCCUGGACUGGCCUCCUCGUAUCGGCGUUCUCGGCGUACGUGCAGCCGCAAUGCCAAAAACGAGUAUCAGCGAGCGAGACAGGAGUCAUUUUGGCGACGCAGCCUCUGUUUGCCGCGGCACUAUCCGUGCUUUUCCUGGGUGAGCGGCUCGGCUGGAAGGGCGCUCUAGGCGGUCUGGUCAUACUGUUGUCGACGGUUGUCUCCUCGUUUCUGAAUGCACCACAGCAGCCUCGCUCCAAGUUGCAAAAACAUGAUGCUGACUCGAAAACAAACUCGUGA